AUGACUACCGACUACAGUAAGAAGACCAACGCCGAGCUGGUGGAUAUCCUCAAGUCUCGCUCGCUUCCUCAUACCGGAAAGAAGGCGGAACUGGUUUCGCGCAUCCAGGAGGACGAUGCGAAGACCCAACCCGCUGAGCCCGCGCCGGCCGCCAAAGCCGAUGCCGCGGAGGACGUGAUCGACUGGGAGGAUGACGACGAGCCUGCUGCCGCCGAAGCCGCGAAGCCCACCACGGAGGCCAGCGCCGCAACUGUUGCUGCUGGUGGUAAAGGCCCGGUACCGAACCCUGUCGCAGUCCCUAAUCAGAAAUUAGACGUCGAUCCCGCUACCACGGAGGACCUGAAGGUGGAAUCCAAGGGUGAACCCAAGGGGGAUGCCCCUGCGCCGGAAGGUGCUGAGGCAGAGCCCGCCACAUCGUCCGAGACCGCUCAGCCUGCUGAGGAAGAGAAGCCGGCCGUCGAUUACUCCAUUGGUCUUGCCACUACGGAAUUGGAGGAGGAGCUGAAGAAGCGCAAAGCUCGCGCGGAGAAGUUUGGUAUUACGGAGGACAGUCAGGCCGCCAUCGCCGAGGCGGAGAAGAAGCUCGAGCGGGCCAAACGCUUCGGUGCCGAAGGCGGGGAGAAAGAGGGCGCUGGAGUAGAGAAGUUGGACGCGGCGCUCCCCAGCGAGAACCGCAAGAGAGGUCGCGCCGAGAACGACCAGGGAGAGCGCGGAGACAAGAAGCGUCACUUCGGCAGUCGGGGCAACUUCCGGGGUCGUGGCAAUCACCACGCCCGUGGAGGCCGCGGUGGACGUGGCCAUGGACGUGGCUUUCGAGGUGGUCGUGGUGGCCGCGGUGGACGCGGGCAUGACAACCACCGGGGACAAAGACCUCACCCCAACACAAAGGAUAGUGGUAUGAGCGAGAAGGACAAAGCUGCCAUGGAAGCGAGAAAGAAGAGAUUUGCCACCGCAUAA